CUCUCUGAGCAACGUGUCGUGCAUCGAUGAACAUCACGACGAGCGGAUGGUUGUGACGCUCGAGAACACCUACCAGCUAGGACCUCACAAACGCUUCGCUUCCCCCGCCAUUUUGGAAAUCCUCAAGGACGUGCUCACGAGCUACCUGGAAGAGGAGAAGUACGAAGUGGAAUGGGCACGGCAAAUGGCAAAAACCUUGUGCGAGGUGAUUCGAGCCCGCGUCAAGGAGCUCAUGAUCCGCAGGUACAAGGUGGUGGUCUUGGUUCACGUGGGCCAGCUGGCCGGGCAGAGCAUGCAGAUCAGCAGCCGCUGUCUGUGGGACCCCACCAACGAUACCUUCGCGUCGUGGUCUUUGAAGAACACUUCCCUUCCUCCCUUGGGAAUUCGAGCCCAGGGGGCUCAGCGGGUUCUGUUGACCAUGACUUUGACCCAUCGGCGGACAUGCUUGUCCACGACUUUGAUGACGAACGCACAAUGGAGGAGGAGGAAAUGUUGGAGGCAGCUGAUGAGGCCAACGCCAAUGAGAUUGAAGAUCUCGCACGUGAAGGAGAAAUGCCGAUUCACGAGCUCCUGAAUCUGUACGGUUACGGAGGGGCUUCGCCGGCAGAUGAGGACGAAGAGGAGGAUGAAGAACAGGAAGAAGAGGACGAAGAAGAGGAUGAGGACGAUGAGCUGGACAAUGACGAAAGCAGCAGGGGCACUGGCGAGCUAAAAAGAAAUGAGCACGACGGCGUCAAAAACUCCACAACAGCGGAGGACGAGCCCCCGGUGACCUCGGAGGGGCGCACGCGUUCCGUCAGGGGCCUUGGCACAUCAGAACUUAUUCGUCCGCAGAAGCACAAGUACUUUGAAAGUAACAACGACGCAGAGGAGGAGUCGGAUGAAGACGAGGAUUAUAUUCCGUCUGAAGAUUGGAAAAAGGAGAUCAUGGUCGGCUCCAUGUACCAGGCAGAAACCCCCACUGGCUUGUGUAAAUAUAAAGAAAACGAAAAAGUUUACGAAAACGACGACCAACUGUUGUGGAACCCCGAGUGUCUGCCGGAAAACAAAGUGGUGGGCUUCUUGAUGGAGGCGUCGAGACGUACGGGAGAGGAGAAGGGCGUCGACGCCAUCCCGGAAGGAUCCCACAUCAAGGACAAUGAACAGGCAUUGUACGAACUUGUGAAAUGUGACUUUGACACAGAGGAAGCUUUGAGAAGACUUCGGUUUAAUGUAAAAGCGGCCAGAGAAGAACUUUCUGUCUGGACUGAAGAAGAAUGUAGACAUUUUGAACAAGGGCUAAAAUCCUACGGGAAAGACUUUCAUUUAAUACAGGCCAACAAGGUGAGAACUAGGUCUGUAGGAGAAUGUGUGGCCUUUUAUUACAUGUGGAAGAAGUCUGAGCGUUAUGAUUUCUUUGCACAGCAAACCAGACUCGGAAAAAGGAAAUACAACCUUCACCCCGGCGUCACGGACUACAUGGACAGGUUACUGGACGAGACGGAGAGCGUGGCCUCCAGCAGGGCGGCGUCGCCCCCGCCCACCACGUCCAGCAGCAGCGCCAGCCAGUCGGAGAGGGAAGACAGCAGCGGACACAACGGCGUCGCGGGCCACGGUUCCGGCCACCUCGGGGACGGCACGCACGUCGUCGUCCCGCUAAGCCAAGCGAAAGCCGAGCCCGUCCACUCCAACGGCCCGUCGGGCGACGGGCCCCUCCCCUCGUCGGACAUCAACCCCAACGGGCGCGGCCGCGAGCAAAACGGUUCUCCGGAACCUCCCGCAGACCAAAGAGACUCGGCGGCGGACAGGCCGGCCAAGAGGGUCAAAAUGGAGAUGGAGACGGAGACGGAGCCGUUAGCCCAGAACCAAGCGGAAGCUGCCGGAACCCAGCAGAACUGAAGAGUCUCGGUGGAAAACGGUCAGCGAGAAGUCCGUUGAGCAAAAAACAAAAAAAAAAAAACACCGCCGAUCCUCAAGCGGGGGAAGGAUCGCGACCCAGUCUUGUCUGGCGUCCGGAGCCAACCACGUAGCUCAGAACUUCUGUCGCGACUCGACGGACUCAAAGCAUUUUGCCAAGAAUUUCUCUUUUUUUCUAUUCGUACUCGUUACGAGACAAAAACGACUCCCGUGACUAUUUUUUUACACAAGAUAUUUAUAUUUUUUAACAGAAUCGUCUACGAUGUGGAUUUUGCUUUUCAAGCCAUUUGAACGUUCGCGAACGGCGUCGAGUUUUAAAGUCGUCAAGGGGCAAGCCGCCAACGCCGCCGGUGAUGUUUCGUUGCACUUUUCUUGUACAUUUUUCGGUGGUUGAGAAGCAGCAGGACCGCAUUGGAGAAAUGAACCGGCGCCGGUUUGUUUGUGUCCAGCCGCUGACAUCAGUGAUGUCCUUUAAACGCGUCGGAACCGCAGAUGGCUUCGUUUCGGGCUUCUUCGCUUGGCCCUUUUUCUUUUGACGCGUCGGAUUUCUACGCUUUGUAUCGAUUUCUUACAUGCGUUGGUACAUCUUCCUUUUCUUUUCUUUUCUUUCUUUAGGAGCCCAUUUUCCCCAUGAUAAUCUGAAAUACACGUCAUUUAAAAAAGGUUC